ACCAACGAAUGUCUCAUUACCCAGACAUGUGGUCCCAUACGCUACGUAUGCCUACAUGUAAUGCAAAGGAUUAGGCAUGUCCACAUCACAGCAUCUGGAUGGAGCGGUAACGGCCGCCUUAGCGGGAGGCUAUGCAGCUGAGUCUGCUCCGAGCUCAUAGCUAGCGCACGAUCCGACGCCUCCCAGCCUCGAAAUGGUGUCAGGUCUUAGCUCGACCGGUCUGCUGGCGCUACUAUUGUUUGCCAGGCGAGCCAGGCCACUUAUAUAGGAUCAGCUCAGCCGCCGCGUCUGUGUGCCGUGACUCUCGCGUGCUGGUUUCAUGGACGAACAGGCUCAUCAGCAAACCUUGCUUACGCACCACAACCUUCGACCGGAGUGCAUCAUGAUUUUAUGACGAGAGCUAUGCUAUGACGGAUGAUAUACACGACUAUAAAAGCAUUUGAAGAACAGGGCAUAGGGAUUCGGGUUCAUCGACCUGUUGAUUGCUAGGGUCCAUUACAUUUAUCCCAUUCUCACGACUUUUCUUGCGGCGUCUGAAUCGGCUCGGAAUACGUGAACUAUAUUGAAGGCCUCGGAGAUUUGACGAAUCAGUCCAAAUUCGAAAAGAAGAUGUUGGGGUCACAUCGUGACAAUGCCAACUUCAAUCGGGCUGGUUGGAGGAAGCGAGUGAUGUUGCCGUGCUGGAUCAUUCAGAUCCUCAUUCUGUUGAGCGUACUGGGCUUGUUUUCAUAUCGCCUAUCACACACGGUGUCUACAUGGAAAGAGGAGGACGACAAGGGAAACGUCCCUGUGGUUGAGUUUGUAUGGGCGGCUGCAAACAUUGCAUUUUCACUUGUCUCACUACUGGUCACGUUCAUCUCGAUAGCGAGGUUCAUCGCUGAAGUCCUAACACCUUUACCGUUAUUAUUCGGCUGCAUCCUCAACAUGAUCUUGUCCGCCGUGGUUCUAGCGUUGGACAUCGUCAUUUACGUUCAGCGGAGAGAUAGACAUUACUCACUCGCAGGGUUGGGUCUUGAUGCUGCACUCAUAAUCUUCACCAUAAUACCACUGAUCUACGCGAUCAUCAUCUACCGUCGCCUUCUGAACUAUGACGACUACCAUCUACCCUACAAUCACAAGGCCUUUGGAUUCGCGGGCAUUGAGGAGGGUGUCGAUGACCACCGGUUAUCGAGGGUAUCAACAAACCUCAGCCCACCGACCCCUUACGACCCGACAAACCCAGGCCUAGGCACCAUAACAACAAUCACGGGCGGCGAGCCCCAAAACCGCGGUCGUUCUGUCUCUAUAGGCAGCCGACGCAUCUCGCUCUCCUUCAGCCGCAACGGGAGCGUCUCACCGCAUCCCUCACCACCACCGUCCGACGCAUCACCAAUGGAGCGUCGCACAAGCUACGACCACAGACGGGACACGCAGUUCGAAGACUACGUCGCGCGCCGCGCCAGCCAGCGCCUGAGCGGACACUCGCUCCAAGACGACGUCAACCGCGCUUUGGGCGACGAAUUCGGAUUCACGGAGCACCCCUCGGAAUCCAAGGGCGAGACAGUGACAUCCGGCGCCGUGCACGCAGGCCACGCCUCGCGGCCGCGGGUUAGUUCCAUCGGCAGGCAGACGAGCUACGAGGCGCUCGUGGGGGGCACCAACGGCAUCUCGGUCACGAUCACCACGCCGCCCGAGGAGACGAUCCAGCGCGGACACAGUCUGAAUAGCGUGCCCGAGGCGCACGAGGAAGAAGACCACCGCCACGAAGGCGGUCGACAGCGGAAACGCGCCGUGAGCGAGAGCCAGCGGGCAUUGCUUGGCGAUGACGACGGAGAGGGCAGACGCAGGAUGGAGCGCGUCGCGGGGCUGGAGGAUGUAGAGCUCGAGAUGAAGACGCGGAAGGCGUGAGAUUGAGAUUGAUAUAGUGAUACCCAAAUGAUGAAUUUUUUUCUUCAGAUUUUCCGCAUUUUGACGCUGAGGUUUGAGGCCUCUCUUAUACCUCCAUCUCUGAUAUAGUGCUUCUUUCAUUUCGGGGCGUCUGGGAAUUCGGCUUAGAUGUGGCCUACUGUGAUGGCCGUGUAUGCAUUAGAGCCUAAGUAGUAGUAAGUAGUAGUAAGUAGUAUUGGUAGGGCAAUAAUAGGCAUAUCAUGAGGCCGUUGGUACAAUUACGCAGACUUGGGACAAAAAAAACACACUCUAGCUCACUUUCA